AUGUAUCUCUCUCUGAAGUCCCGUUUAUUUGAUGUGCCAAUAUGGGUGAAUACUGAAAAAGAUGGCCACGACCCGUUUGCCGAUUUCAGAAGUUCGAAGGACAUCACUUAUGACAUGCUUUACGCAUCUGUUAAAGGUCGUGUGGUGUCCGAUGAUUUGAGAAGACUAUGGUUUGUGUUCUUUUUGGUAUGCAGUGCAUGUAUGUGGUUCCUUGCUGUUCGCUUGAUUCCGAUAACAGUGGAAAACAGCGAUGAGAAAAGCAGUUGGCGUUUGAGACUUUUCAAAGUAAACAACACAAUAUCUCUUUCUUUCAGAUCACCAACUGUAAAAACAUUUCUAGACGAAGUCCAGAAUAGCUCGUCAAAAUCUUACUUAUUUACGACUGUUUUACAAGGAAACAAUACAGAUGUAAACAACAACUUGCCGAAGCAUUCCACUAAAAAUGUGAUAAACAGGGCAAUCACAUCAAGAGCUAACACGACUCUGAUUAUAUUACGAGGAGCGAAUACGACCAAGAUUACCAAUGCAGUUCAAAUGGAUACCACGUCCAACUCAUAUAGUGACGUCAUGCCAACUCAGAAACCGCCUUCAGAUAUCGUUCCUCUGAAAUCCGCCAAUUAUAGUGUGUGUGCCAUUUUAAUGGGAGGCCUUGGUAAUCAAAUGUUCCAGUUCGCGACUUCGUAUGGGCUAGCUGCCCAGAAAAGAAUGUCUGUAGCCAUUGAUAAAACAGCCUAUUUGACAAAGGUUUUCAAACUGGACAUUGACCAGACGGAAAACUACACUAAUAUUUGCAAAACAUUCGUCGGUAGGGGAGAAAAAUUGAACUGUGGAUAUGAUGAAAGAAUGACUGCCUUUACAUCAAAAAACAAUUAUAGAGUAGGAGCAUAUCUACAGUCAUGGAAAUAUUUCUACAACGCGUCUGCGUCUCUUCGCAAACAAUUCGUGUUUCAUGAUAAAAUUACGGAAACGAAAAAUAAAGUAAUUGAUUCAGUGUUAAAGAAAUAUAGUUUUGCAUCUCGUUUUAAUGUGACUUUGGUAGGUGUUCAUAUAAGACGCGGGGAUUUAGUCAAUCACAAGUUUGGAUAUAGGGUAGCCAGUGAAAGUUACCUCCAAAAAUCUGUCGACUAUUUUCAGGCGAAGCGACUCAAAAACAUCAUAUAUAUAAUUUGUUCUAAUGAUGUUAAAUGGUCAAAAGCUUAUAUGCCGAAAGGAAUCCGUUCGGAAUAUGUGGAGGGAAAUUCUCCUGAGAUAGAUAUGGCUAUUCUUGGUUCGUGUGAUCACAUGAUUAGCACUGUCGGUACGUUUAGCUGGUGGUCAGCUUGGUUGACCGGUGGGGAAGUCACUUUCUACAAAUGGCCGGCUAAAGAAGGAUCGGCACUGCGGAAACAGUUCAGCAAAGACUAUGUGGAUUAUUUCCAUCCUGGAUGGAUUGGGUUUUCCUAG